UCUCUCUCUCUCUCAUCGCCUGACGGAAGGAGCGAAAGUUUGCGAGGCGGGCCGGAUUAUUCCACAUAAACACUCCUGCUGCUGCCCUUUCGGCGACGUUCCCCGACUGUCCAUCCACUUGUACGAGCUACGGGGCAGGCGUGAAUGUCCGUGACGAACCCUGUAAUGUGAUUAGAAAGCUCGUGUUGUUGUUCUCGGUGCGUGGGAAGCCGAAGCGUUAAACGGCGCUGGUGCGGAGACUGUCCUGAUGUUUAUUAGCUCAGCUAGCCUGCGACUUAACUUCUUUCGUGGACGUCAGUAGUGGAUUUUUUUUUUCCUUUGGGGCACGGCGACACUUUACAAUAAUAAACUUGACGUUUUUAGAACCCGUGUUUUUUUUGUGGGGGGAAAAAAAAUGAGCGGCGAACGGGAGCUCGGUUUCCGAAAUAUGUUCGAUAGUGUCGGUAAUACCGGAGCUGUGACUCGGCACGAGCGGCGCCUCGAGCUCCAGGCGCGCUGCGACGCAAUCUGAGGAAUUAGCCACAGUGCUAACGUUUUUAGCUCCUUACCGCGUUUAUCACUCCAGCCGUGUAGGAGCAGGCCUGUAUAAACAUUUGCUUCUUUUUACAGAAUUGUCUCAACACACACAUAUAUGCCUUUUUUCCCCAUUAAUAUUCCACAAAAUUUCUCUCACGUAGCUAGCAUUACGCAGUCAAGCCUGUCACAUUAGGAGCCGCGGAAUUUAAUGGGACCUGAGAAGUUUUUUUGAGACGCAGUUCCCCCCCCCACCACGGUUUGGACAUAAACACAGGGGUUUUUAUUUUUUCCUCUCUGACUAAACUUGGACAAAAAUGUCGGAAAACGCACCAACCCGGAGUCUGGAUGAGAUCGACCUGGCAGCUCUGAGGGAUCCAGCAGGAAUCUUUGAGCUGGUGGAAGUCGUGGGCAACGGUACCUACGGGCAGGUGUACAAGGGGCGCCAUGUGAAGACGGGACAGCUGGCUGCUAUAAAGGUGAUGGACGUCACCGAGGAGGAAGAGGAGGAGAUCAAGGCCGAGAUCAACAUGCUGAAGAAGUACAGUCACCACCGCAACAUCGCCACGUACUACGGCGCCUUUGUCAAGAAGAGUCCACCCGGGCACGACGACCAGCUCUGGCUGGUGAUGGAGUUCUGUGGUGCCGGCUCUGUGACGGACCUGGUGAAGAACACUAAAGGAAACUCCCUGAAGGAGGACUGGAUCGCUUAUAUCUGCCGAGAGAUUCUGCGGGGCCUGUCGCACCUCCACGCACAUAAGGUCAUCCACAGAGACAUCAAAGGCCAGAAUGUUCUUCUGACUGAGAAUGCAGAGGUCAAGCUCGUGGAUUUUGGCGUGAGCGCUCAGUUGGACCGGACCGUAGGCAGGAGGAACACCUUCAUCGGCACUCCUUACUGGAUGGCACCUGAGGUCAUCGCCUGUGACGAGAACCCCGACUCCACCUACGAUUAUAGGAGCGACAUCUGGUCUCUGGGAAUCACAGCGAUCGAGAUGGCAGAGGGCGCGCCCCCGCUGUGUGACAUGCAUCCGAUGAGAGCUCUCUUCCUCAUCCCGCGGAAUCCUCCUCCCAAACUCAAGUCCAAGAAAUGGUCCAAAAAGUUUAUCGACUUCAUCGAGGGCUGCCUGGUGAAGACCUACCCGAGCCGUCCCUCCACCGAACAGCUGCUGAAGCACUCGUUCAUCCGAGAUCAGCCGACCGAGCGCCAGGUGCGCAUCCAGCUGAAAGACCACAUCGACCGCACGCGCAAGAAGCGUGGAGAGAAAGAGGAGACCGAGUACGAGUACAGCGGCAGUGAUGAAGAAGACGAGAACAGAGGUGAUGAGAGAGAGUCCAGCUCAAUCCUGAAUGUGCCAGGCGAGUCGACGCUGAGGCGGGACUUCCUGCGGCUGCAGCAGGAGAAUAAGGAGCGCUCGGAGGCGCUGAAGAGGCAGCAGGCCCAGCUGGCAGCACAGCGCCGCGACCCCGAGGAGCACAAGAGGCAGCUCCUCCAUGACCGCCAGAAGCGCAUUGAGGAGCAGAAGGAGCAGCGGCGAAGGCUUGAGGAGCAACAGAGGAAGGAGCGUGAGAUGGUGAGGCAGCAGGAGAAGGCUCCUCUCCGGAGACUCGAUGAUAUGAGACGGGAGGAGGACCGCAGGAUGGCCGAGCGAGAGCAGGAGUUUAUAAGGCAUAAGCUGGAGGAAGAGCAGAGACAGUUAGAAAUCCUUCAGCAGCAGCUUCUCCAGGAGCAGGCCUUGCUCAUGGAGUACAAGAGGAAGCAGCUGGAGGAGCAGAGGCAGUCGGAGAGGCUACAGAGGCAGCUGCAGCAGGAGCACGCUUACCUCGUCUCCCUGCAACAGCAGCAGCAGCAGCAACAGCAGCAGGAGAAGAAACCACUUUAUCAUUACAGCAAGAACCUGGAUAACAACAAGCCUGCCUGGGCCAGAGAGGUGGAGGAGCGGAGUAAACUAAACAGACAGGGCUCCCCUAAAAUCUGCACCACCGUCUCUGAUACCAACAUCCAGUCACGCUCUGACUCCAUUAGCCAAUCAGGAGGUGUGCAGGCUGCACAGACUCCGCCCAUGCAGAGACCCGUUGAACCCCAAGGUGGCCAGGGCAAGUUCCAGAUGGCACACCUGGUGCCUCUGAAGCCUUACGCCGCACCCGUGCCGCGCUCCCAGUCCCUCUGCGAUCAGCCCACUAAGACCAUGUCCGCCUUCCCCACCCAGGACCCCUCCCCCACCCCAACGCCUCGUCCACUGCAUUCCCGUGAGCUCGUCCGGCAGAACUCAGACCCCACGUCCGAGAGCCCCGCCCCUCAACAACGCCCAAUGAGGGAUGACCACGGCCCGUGGAUCCGCCUGCCUGAGAUCGAACAGCCUCCUAAAAUUCCUCAGCGAACUGCGUCUAUAGCUACUGCUCUCAACACUAACCUGUCCUCUGGCAUCAGACACCCAGUGCGAGCCAGCAAUCCAGAUCUGAGUCGCAAUGAUCGCUGGGAAAGAGGAGACAGCAUGAGCCUCAUGUCCAACCUGCCUCAGACCGGCUCCCUCGAGAGACACCGCAUCCUUAGUUCAUCUAAAAUGGACUCGUCUCCCAUCCUCUCUCACGACGGACGACACAAACCCGGAGAAUCCCGCACCUCUUCCAGACCAAGUCGACCAGCGAGCUAUAAGAGAGCAAUAGGAGAGGACCAUGGGCUGUACUCGAAGGAGCGUGCGGAGGAGCAGCCUCGCCCUCCGGUGAAGGCCAACGACUAUUCGUCUUCCUCAGAGAGCAGCGAGAGUAGCGAGGAGAGUGAGAGCGGGGAGGGACAGGAAGAGGAGAGUCCCACUGACCGCCCACGAGACCCGGACUCAGACUCCGUGAACACCAUGGUGGUCCAUGAGGAAGAGGAAGGCGAAGGAGGAGAUGAAGAACGGGCCGGAGGUUAUGGUGAUCAGACCAUGCUCGUUCAGAGGACUCCAGAGAAGCGUAACCAUAACGGGUACACCAACCUGCCUGACGUGGUUCAGCCAUCCCACUCCCCCACUGACUCCGCCUCCCACUCCUCUCCUGGCAAAGACUCCACCUAUGAUUAUCAGUCCAGAGGUUUGGUCAAGGCUUCUGGGAAAUCCUCCUUCACCACUUUCGUGGAUCUUGGAAUGUACCAGCCAUCAGGUGGAACGGGGGAGCCCAUCUCAGUGGGAGGUCUGAGUUCUAGGUUUGACCAACUGAAGUUGGAGGUGCGAAAAGGCUCCAUGGUCAACGUGAACCCAACCAACACUCGCCCUGUCAGUGACACUCCCGAAAUCCGCAAAUACAAGAAGAGGUUUAACUCUGAGAUCCUCUGUGCUGCACUCUGGGGUGUAAACUUGCUAGUUGGAACAGAGAACGGUCUAAAGCUGUUGGACCGCAGCGGGCAAGGCAAAGUUUAUCCGCUCAUCAAUUCCCGCAGGUUCCAGCAGAUGGACGUGCUCGAGGGACUUAACCUGCUCAUCACCAUAUCAGGCAAAAAGAAUAAGGUGCGAGUGUAUUAUCUGGCCUGGCUGAGGAAUAAGAUCCUCCAUAAUGAUCCCGAGGUGGAGAAGAAGCAGGGCUGGACCACUGUAGGGGAAAUGGAGGGCUGUGUGCACUACAAAGUGGUGAAAUACGAGCGGAUUAAAUUCUUGGUAAUCGCUCUGAAGAAUGCGGUGGAGGUGUAUGCCUGGGCCCCUAAACCCUACCACAAAUUUAUGGCCUUCAAGUCGUUCACUGACCUGCCUCACAGACCUCAGCUUGUGGACCUGACUGUGGAAGAAGGACAGAGGUUAAAGGUUAUCUACGGUUCGAGCGCCGGCUUUCACGCCAUCGACGUUGAUUCCGGAAACAAUUACGACAUCUACAUUCCUGUCCAUAUCCAGUCUCAGGUGACUCCACAUGCCAUCGUCUUCCUGCCCAGCUCUGAUGGAAUGGAGAUGCUGCUGUGUUACGAGGAUGAGGGAGUGUACGUCAACACCUACGGCCGCAUCAUUAAAGACGUGGUGCUGCAGUGGGGAGAGAUGCCCACUUCUGUCGCUCAUAUUUGUUCUAAUCAGAUCAUGGGCUGGGGGGAAAAGGCUAUAGAGAUCCGCUCAGUGGAGACAGGUCACCUGGACGGGGUGUUCAUGCACAAGAGAGCUCAGAGACUCAAGUUUCUGUGCGAGAGGAACGACAAGGUGUUCUUUGCAUCGGUGAAGUCUGGAGGAAGCAGUCAGGUCUACUUCAUGACCCUCAACAGAAACUGCAUAAUGAACUGGUGAUAGAGCAGCCAUAUGAUCACCGUUCCCUCCACACUCUCUCUCUGUAUCUCUCUCUGUAUAUCUGUUUCUCUCUCUCUCUCUCUCUCUCUCGCUCACUCUUUUUCUCUUACACACACACACUGUAAAUAGAUACAAUGCCCACAUGCUUUCACUUCCUCACAUGAACACAACUCCUAGAAACACACACACGCACACUCAUGCUCCAGACUGUCAUAGUUCUCUUAACAAUGUUGUAUAAACAUUUUCGAGAUUGUGUGUGUGUGUGCAUGUGUGUGUGUGUGAUAUGAUGCGUGUGGAUGCCAAAUUGCUUAACUUCCUUUCACCACCAAAACAAAAUAUUCAUUCUCUCUUUAUCAGCUUUUGUUAGAUCACCAGAUUUCUGUGAUUUUUUUUGCUUUUUUUUUUUUCCAUAUUUUUAAUUUCAUUUCAUUUCUACAUUCCAACUUUGACCACCAUUGAAAAGAAGAAGAUGAAGAAACAGCAGCAGCAGCAGCAGCGCGUAACGCCAAUCAGCCUUGGACAUUUUGCUGGUGGUCAUCGCCGCCCCCUGCUGCUCUCGGGCGGUACUGCAGCAUCUGUAAUUUUCCAUUCUCACACUGUACUGUAAUUCAGUAGCCUCUAGUCGUCGAACCUAACGGAUUUACGAUAUCUGUGAUUUUAUUAUUUAUGUUUAAAACUAGCAGAACAUAUAGAAGAGCUCUCACGAUAUCAGUUCUCAUGUUUUGAGCUCGUCUGGCUCUUUUAACUUUUCCCUUCAGCUCUGUAGACAAGGAAUUUGGACCGAAUUCUUCAAUCGUUCAUAGUCGAUGCUUUAAAAAAAAAAAAGAGAAAAAUCCGGGUUAUGCUUUUCGCUCGUGAAGCACAGAAGUGCGACCGUUAUUACAAGCACUCUCUCUGAUUUAGCCAUGGAGAAUGCUUUCUCUCUCUCUUUCUGUAUCUAUCUAUCUCUCUCACUCUUUUUUUUCCGUCUGAAGUUCCAGUAUAUCUCGGGCUGUUUGAUAUUCUCUGUAUGUAUAGGUAUUUGGUAUUAUUCCUACUUUAAUAAUCUCUUGCUGUUCUAUUGCAAUACGUGCUGUAAUUGUGCUGUUCUCGUUUCAAGUUUUCACGAGGGGGGACUUCCUCUUUAACCAGUCGGAUUACGAGGUCAGGGAGAAGUAGUUUUUCAAUUUUUUCUUUUCUUUUCUUUUAUUAUUUUUUUUUUGGGGGGGGGCAGCAGAGACGUGUACUCCAUUUGUGAGUAACUAGGCUUAAAAAGUUAUCAUGCAAGACGUUUAGGCAUUAGAGUUGAAGCAUUUACUAUGUUUGACCCCUUGCCAAGGCAGACGGAAAGGACAUGGACGUGAUUUCGUGACUCCAAAUAAAUAAUGGGUAAAUAAAAGACGACAGGAGUGGAGUCCAGUGAUGAGCUCUCAGUUAUUUUCACGUCGUCAGAAGUUUAGGAUGAAUUUGGAUUCAGCACGAUUUGAUCGCACGCGCUGGGACUUUUAGAACAGACCUAUUACUGCAGCCCAUGUGCUCACAGCUUUGACUUGCUUUCUGUUUUAAAAAUCACAACCCCGGUAUUGUUCUGCGUGUUUGGUUUGGGCGGUUGCUUCCUUUUUAGCGUGAACAGGCUUGAUUCGCUCGCAAAUGCUGGAUACAUUUCUGCUGCCAAACAUGGCUCCCUGGUGUGACGUACCGCCUUAUUCGAGAAGAAAAAUCGAAAUAUUUGAUUUGGAGUGCAUGGGAUUUUUGGUAAAGAAAAAAAAAAUUGCAUUAUCAUUUCAGUUUAAUUUCUUUUGUUUGUUUGUUGUUGUUUUUUUUUUUUUUUGUUCUUUUAAUAUAAAAGCGUGACUUUGGCUUGGAUUUGCGAGCGUGUGAGACUGUAUGAUGACAUACACCCUGUGGUCCAAAGCAAUAGCAGCGAGCGUGAGCGGGCGCUUCUCUUCAAGCCGCGAGCGUGCGGCGUCGCCUGCGGCUCUGCAAUACUAGCAAAUCACUACGGCGACGGCUUCUUUCCCCUUUCCCGUGUGCUAGCGUAGCCUACUGUGGAUCCGAAACCUUUUGUUUACAAAUCUUUAUAGUAUUAAUAUAUAUUCAAUUCCGGUUCGUUUGUUUAGAGCUUUUAACAGUAGGCACCGUCAUCGUGUAAAUUGCCAUUUAAAGAAAUCUGGAUACAGGUUUAGAUCCCUAAUGAGCAAAGUAGAAGCGAGAAUUAUGAAGGGAAAAGGGAACUUCGUCUUCUACCGAGACGCCGGAUAGUGGGUUUAUUAGAGUCCUGGGAUGAGUCCAGGACUUGUCUUUAUGAUUCCAGCAGCAGUAGAUAGAAAUCUGCAGUGUCCUGAAGCGAGGCUUCUAAAUAUAGCUUUUGUUUCUAUUACAGAAAGUGUAGUAGAGUUAAUCAAUAUUACCAGAAAGAUGCCUAUAUUUAAAAACAAACAGAAAAAUAGUUUAAUAGUUGAAUGAGAGAUUUACGAUUGUAACGUAUAAAAGCACUUUUAUCUCACUUUUUCUAAUGGCUGAGAGACAUCAUGAGUUUAAUAUUUGCUCUGUGAUUUAAAACAAUUGAAGUCGGUCCUUCCAGGAUAUUUUUUUUUUUUUUUUUUUGAGCUUUUUUAUUGUUUAAGAUUUGCGCUACAACUUAUGAUAGCUGUACUCAUGUUCGCGGCGCGCGAGGUUAAAUGUUUGUCACACGAUGUGUCCCGGCCCAAAUCUGCCGUCACUUUAAAAAAAAUAAAAAAUAAAAAUAUUUCAAGCUCCUCCGAGUUUGCUUGAUUUUGCGUUCAUUUCCUCAGUCGCUAAAUCCUGGAGGGGCCGGCAUGAGAUUGUUCACACAGGAGAGCCGAAAUGAUUUUGAAACAGUCUUGUGCACCAGAGAGGUUCAGCGUCUGAACAGAACUCGUGGGAGCAGCCGCCUCGGUCGAAUCGGGCUUAAGAAAUACGGUUCUGAUUUGGACUUUUGUGAAAUUUGUGCUAUUGUACAGCUUUAUUCAGCAACAAUGCAGAUUACUGAGGUUAUUUUCAGCAGAUACGUGAAGUUUUAAAGUUUCUGUCAAAUAUAUAUAUAUAUAUAUACGCUUUAUAAAAAUGUACUAAAGCAGCGAACAUUGGGAAUUAAACGUGACUUGGCUGAUCAAUUACAUUUUGUGGGAUGUAAAUUAGUUGUUUUUUUUUUUUUGUGAUUAUUUUCUUCAUUCCUCUGAAAAUUCAAGUGGACAUAUCUCCAAAUAUCGCACUCUCUUCAUUCGGAGCUCAUGCGAACACUUGCACAUUUCUUUUCAGCGUCCUCUCUUAGAAAAAUUAACGAACAUCCUACGUGCACCCGUACACUUUUUUUUUUUUUUUUUUUUUUGCACACACACACUUGUCUGUUUUCUGCUUUGUAACCUUUUGGCUAUUUUGAUGUUGCCCCAGUUUGAACUGCCAUGUUUACCGUUCUUGCAGUGCCUUGGAGCCGGGUUGCGGGUGUGUGCGUGUGCAUCUUAGCAAAGGAUGCUGUAAUUUUUUUAUUUAUUUUUUUUCUUUCCUCCGAGUAAUAUGCCCCAGUUGCGUAAAUAGUUCAGGGAAGAUGUAGUAAAGCCAGUGCAAUCAGAGAUGUAUCUCACGUCAAGAAAGUGCACUUAAACUGACAAUAAGUUCAGGCCCAAAAGCCAUUGCAUUCGGAAAGCUCCUUUCUCCAGCAGAAUUAAAGCAUCGCACACCUUGUUAUGACGACGUUCAUGCAUUAGAAGGGGGGGGGGGUGUCCGUUGGGUCGGGAACCUUCAGCUGGCAAAAACGCAAUCAUUCAAGAUUCAAAGAGAAAAUGAAAUUCACCUCUUCACAGCGUAGUGAGUAUUCUGAUACAAGACACAAAGAGCAGCUAAGUGUAAAUAAGCACCGCUUUACGUUUGUCUAGUUUAUUUUUCAGCCCUGCCAUUUUCCACAAAUGCAAACUUCUUGGUCCAGUCAUACAGGAAAUGCUGUUCAUUUUUUCCCCCUCCCAGUUUCUUAUCCAAUUCCAAUAAUUCCAGUUACAGCAAACGCUGUCGUGAAUAUGAUAAUUACGUAAUUUAUCCGAUUCCGUCUCUUAAGCGACCGCAUACUUAUGAAAAUAAACCUAGUUGUUUUAGUUUCAUCCUGUAUACAUGUGGAAUCAUGGAACCCCCCCCCCCCCUCUCUCUCUCCCUUUCUCUCUCUCUCUCUCUCUCUCUCUCUCUCGUUUGUGAGCUUUAAGUUCCCGACCCCUGGCUGUAGAGGUUUGGGUUGCCAUGGUGAGGACUCGCUUCCAUGCUUCACGAUGUAGCGAAUCCUCCGUCAUCCCACACACAAGAUCCAGAGCGUCGUCUCCGUCGCUUUCAUUAACAAAAAAAAAAACACUUCUUACCAAAUGUUAAUCAGAUGUAGUAAUAUUGUCUUAAUAGAUGGUGAAAUGUAUUUUCAAAUCAUUUAUAUAAAUAUAUAUAUAUAGAAAUCUACACAUGAUAUAUCCUAAUCCUUUGAUGGAGAAGUGGUUUAAGAUACUAAGAGAGUUUGUUUAUAUACACUAUAUUGCCAAAAGUAUUCGCUCACCUGCCUUGACUCGCAUAUGAACUUAAGUGACAUCCCAUUCCUAAUCCAUAGGGUUCAAUAUGAUGUCGGUCCACCCUUUGCAGCUAUAACAGCUUCAACUCUUCUGGGAAGGCUGUCCACAAGGUUUAGGAGUGUGUUUAUGGGAAUUUUUGACCAUUCUUCCAGAAGCGCAUUUGUGAGGUCACACACUGAUGUUGGACGAGAAGGCCUGGCUCUCAGUCUCCGCUCUAAUUCAUCCCAAUGGUGUUCUAUCGGGUUGAGGUCAGGACUCUGUGCAGGCCAGUCAAAUUCCUCCACAACAGACUCUGUCAUCCAUGUCUUUAUGGACCUUGCUUUGGUCACUGGUGCACAGUCAUGUUGGAAGAGGAAGGGGCCAGCUCCAAACUGUUCCCACAAAGUUGGGAGCAUGGAAUUGUCCAAAAUGUCUUGGUAUGCUGAAGCAUUCAGAGUUCCUUUCACUGGAACUAAGGGGCCAAGCCCAGCUCCUGAAAAACAACCCCACACCAUAAUCCCCCCUCCACCAAACUUUACACUUGGCACAAUGCAGUCAGACAAGUACCGUUCUCCUGGCAACCGCCAAACCCAGACUCGUCCAUCAGAUUGCCAGAUGGAGAAGCGCGAUUCGUCACUCCAGAGAACGUGUCUCCACUGCUCUAGAGUCCAGUGGCGGCGUGCUUUACACCACUGCAUCCGACGCUUUGCAUUGCACUUGGUGAUGUUUGGCUUGGAUGCAGCUGCUCGGCCAUGGAAACCCAUUCCAUGAAGCUCUCUGUGCACUGUUCUUGAGCUAAUCUGAAGGCCACAUGAAGUUUGGAGGUCUGUAGCGAUGGACUCUGCAGAAAGUUGGCGACCUCUUCGCACUAUGCGCCUCAGCAUCCGCUGACCCCGCUCCGUCAGUUUACGUGGCCUACCACUUCGUGGCUGAGUUGCUGUCGUUCCCAAACACUUCCACGUUCUUAUAAUACAGCUGACAGUUGACUGUGGAAUAUUUAGGAGCGAGGAAAUUCCACGACUGGAUUUGUUGCACAGGUGGCAUCCUAUCACAGUUCCACGCUGGAAUUCACUGAGCUCCUGAGAGCGACCCAUUCUUUCACAAAUGUUUGUAAAAACAGUCUGCAUGCCUAGGUGCUUGAUUUUAUACACCUGUGGCCAUGGAAGUGAUUGGAACACCUGAUUCUGAUUAUUUGGAUGGGUGAGCGAAUACUUUUGGCAAUAUAGUGUAUAUAUAUAUAUAUAUAGACGUGUACUCGGGUGCCUAUUUGAGAUGGAAUCCAAAAUUUUAAUAUAUUAUUCUAGCAUUAUUUUACUACAUAGAUAUACGGACAUGCGCUAAUUUAAUGAAUGUAACCUUCACUUGAACCAAUUUCUAUGUGAUACUUUUACCGGCCUAAUAACAUUUUGAAGCACAAUGUAUGUUUCUGCUUAAGCUGAACAUUCAGCUGGAAUUCAGUUAGGGGAUUAGACUGAUGCCUCUCUCUCUCUGUGUGUGUGUGUGCGGUGAGCUUUAUAAAAGAGUGAGCGUGGGUGUGUGUAUGUGUGAAUAGGAGAGCUAUUUUUAAACCAAGUAUGUACUGUUCAUGAUGCUCUAAGAGAGAAAAUGAGGAGGAGGAGGAGGAUUAGAGUCAGAAAAAAACAGUAUGUUUCAUUUAUUUUUAUUUUUAUUUUAAAUCAUCAGUACGGACCAGUAUGCACUAAAUUAGAAAGCAGCAGAAUUACACACAUCAUAUACCUGUUUAUAAAGUCCAUCCUCAUUUCCUCUUCCUCAGUAUGAGACCCGAAUUAGGAUUCUAGCUUAGCGUUAACGCAUUUGGCAAGCAGCAGCGGCUGCACGGCGUUCCCGUGUUGCUCGACGCGAGGCAAAAAUACGAAACAACGUGCUAAAAGGCGUAUUAGUUUGGUUGUCGCGUACACAAGAUGGCGCACCGUUUCGCCUUGUGUCUUUUUCAGCGGCAUCCGUGUGUCGUCGUAAUGGUAUGGAGCGUCACAGUGAUGUCAUACGGAGUUCCGCAGGGCCAUACGGAGGUGUCGGGCGGCUCGGCUGUAGGAUUUCUACAGCAUCUGCUUUCAUCUCCAUUCGACUUCCUCGUAAUAACACACUCGCGCUGUAGAAAUCUCUCAGGCUUGAUUCCAAAUGUGUACUUGAGCACAAUCGGGUCCGGCGUUCCUCUAACCAAACGAUACAGUAACCUUAACUCCGGUUUCCGUAAAUAAAAACAAAAAACUUUAAUCUUUAACCAAAUCAAGACUUCCACAGACAGAAAUUCACCACUACGAUGAACCGAUCCCUAUAUGAUCAGGAACCGUUAGCCGUUGGUGCGAGUCGGUCGUAUGAUGCACAUGAACCCGGGCCUGUUUCAGGUAGCAUGUCUUGAGAGUGUGUGGUGUAUUUUUGUUGUUGUUUUGUUUUGGAGGGGGAGGGGGGUAUGGUGUAAAUGUAAAUCUCUCAUUUAAGGCCUUUAACUGCUGUUUUUCAGGCACAUGGGUCUUCUUUACAUGCUAUUAGCACUAUGCUAAUUAGACAUCUCUCUUUAUGGUCCUCUAGUAAUAGUAUCAUCGUCAAUCCUUGGAUGAUUUUUUUAUUUUUUUUGGCACGUAUUUGGUUGAUUCUGAUCGCGUAACCAGGAGAGGUCAAAGGUCAAUAGCAAGUCUUUAAAGAUGAUAUCCUCUGUGAUGGGUUAAAAAUUAUUCCUAUCUUUGUUUUUUGUUUUGUUUUUUUCUUUCUAUCCUAAAAGUUUUAGUUGAAAUUAAAUAAAAAAUAUAUAUAUAUAAGUAGAUAUUUGACAAACUGAUUUUUUUUUUGUGUGUGUGUGUUUACGUUUGAGAGCAGAUUUGAGAUUUUAAUGACCUGAUGGCUUUCAGUUUUACAGUGUUCGGGAUGAAAUCAUACAUCUGUAAUGUCUUAAAUGCAGGAUUGUUUGAAAAUAAAAUAAAAAAAAAUAUCUU